UUUUUUCUAUCGUGUCGGUCGGACGUGUUUCGGUCGUGCUGCCCGUUGUGACGUCGUUGCUGUUUUCCGCCUUAUCUACGCAUACGCUGGCAAAACGGGGCGCAACAACAAAAUCGGUUCAGUUCGUGUGCUGGAAAAUUACAAUUUCAUACGCUUUAAGCAGCUAAUUUAUGGUUCAAAUAAUGGCCAAUUCGUUGGCCUGCCGGCGGUGGGCGUAAGCCGUGCCCCACAAAUUGGAAAUGUGCAGUGGAAAAUGCGCGCACUCAAGGUGAAAAUAUAUUAAAGUUCUUUCAAGUGCUUGAAUCAAAUAAAUAUUCAAAUCAAAUUCGAUUUACGAGCUGUAUGCCAUUUCGUGUUUGGCUGGAUGAAUCAGUGGCUGAGCAAACCAGAAGCAGUUUUUUUUGUGUGUUUGAAUACCCUUGGAAUACAGUGCGAUCUGAUAGACGAGAAGGAGGACAAAUCAUUGCAAUUAAUUCGCGUAAACGAGCCAACACAAAAGCCACGAGAAGACACAAGAAGCCACGAGAGGCACAUGAGAGAGAGGCAGAGAACCCCCGAAGGCCACUGCACACACACACUCAUCACACCCCUGGCAUUCUCUGGGCCCCCUACCCGCCAAACAAAACAUGGGCGACAAUAUAAUAGGCUCUGCGAGCUUCCUGCACUUGGGGGACAUUGUCUCCCUAUAUGCAGAGGGCAGCGUGUGUGGAUUCUUGAGCACACUCGGUCUGGUGGAUGAUCGUACGGUGGUAUGCCCCGAGGCGGGUGACUUGAGUUGUCCGCCCAAAAAGUUUCGAGAUUGCUUGAUCAAAAUAUGUCCAAUGAAUCGAUAUUCAGCACAAAAACAGUUCUGGAAGGCAGCCAAACAAUCAGCAAACUCCAACACAGAUCCCAAUCUGCUCAAGAGAUUGCAUCACGCAGCAGAGAUUGAGAAGAAACAAAACGAAACGGAGAACAAGAAGCUGCUGGGCACAUCCAUUCAAUAUGGCCGUGCUGUAGUGCAGCUUCUGCAUCUAAAGUCCAACAAAUAUCUGACUGUGAACAAGCGACUGCCGUCGCUCCUCGAAAAGAACGCGAUGCGCGUGUAUCUGGAUGCUAAUGGGAAUGAGGGAUCCUGGUUCUACAUCAAACCGUUCUACAAACUCCGCUCCAUUGGGGACUAUGUGGUGGUGGGGGAUAAGGUGAUACUCAGUCCGGUGAAUGCCGAUCAGCAGAAUCUACAUGUGGCGGCCAGCUACGAGCUGCCCGACAAUCCCGGCUGCAAGGAGGUGAACGUCUUGAACUCCUCCACAUCGUGGAAGAUCUCUUUAUUUAUGGAGCACAAGGAGAACCAGGAGCACAUACUCAAGGGUGGCGAUGUGGUGCGUCUGUUCCAUGCGGAACAGGAGAAAUUCCUCACCAUGGACGAGUACAAGAAGCAGUAUCAUGUGUUUCUAAGGACCACAGGACGCACCAGUGCCACGGCAGCCACCAGCAGCAAGGCCCUGUGGGAGAUUGAAGUGGUGCAGCAUGACUCGUGUCGCGGUGGUGCAGGCGACUGGAAUUCCCUUUAUCGCUUUAAGCAUUUGGCCACGGGACACUAUCUGGCCGCAGAAGCAGAGGUGGAUGUGGCCGCUGGAAUCUCUGCCUCUGUGGAGGCGGCACACGAACUGCUGCUGGGGGACUGCAGCAAGGAUUCGGGACUGAGUUCUACAAUGAAUUCAACAAUAAAUGAAAAACCCAAGGAGAAGCAAUAUCGACUCGUUUCCGUGCCCUAUUCCGCUGACAUUGCCUCGGUUUUUGUACUGGACGCAACCACCAUGGCCCGACCGGACAGUCUGGUUCCACAGUCCAGCUAUGUGCGGCUGCAGCACAUCUGCUCCAAUACGUGGGUGCAUGCCACAUCGAUACCCAUCGAUGCGGAUGACGACAAGCCGGUGAUGUCGAAGGUCUGCUGCUCACCCAUCAAAGAGGACAAGGAGGCCUUUGCUUUGAUACCCGUCUCCCCCGUGGAAGUGCGUGAUUUGGAUUUUGCAAACGAUGCGUGCAAGGUGCUGGCGCUGGUCACCAGCAAGCUGGACAAUGGCAGCAUCUCGAUCAAUGAGCGGCGGGCGUUGAUCUCCCUACUCCAGGACAUUGUCUACUUUAUAGCCGGAAUGGAGAAUGAGCAGAACAAGACAAAGGCAUUGGAGUUUACCAUCAAGAAUCCAAUCAGGGACCGCCAGAAGCUGCUGCGAGAGCAGUACAUACUCAAACAGUUGUUCAAGAUACUCCAGGGACCGUUCCAAGAGCACACCGCAGGCGAUGGUCCUUUCCUAAGGCUAGAUGAGCUGGGGGACCCCAAGAAUGCGCCCUACAAGAACAUCUUUAGGCUGUGCUACCGCAUACUGCGGCUGUCGCAGCAGGACUACCGCAAGAAUCAGGAAUACAUAGCCAAGCACUUUGGCCUGAUGCAGAAGCAGAUCGGCUACGACAUCCUGGCCGAGGACACCAUCACUGCGCUGCUGCACAACAAUCGCAAGCUGCUAGAGAAACAUAUCACCGCCGCCGAGAUUGAGACAUUUGUGGGACUCGUGCGUAAGAAUAUGCACAACUGGGACUCGCGUUUCCUCGACUAUCUGUCUGAUUUGUGUGUGUCGAAUCGCAAAGCCAUUGCCGUCACCCAGGAGCUGAUCUGCAAGAGUGUACUCAGCGAUAAGAACAAGGACAUACUCAUCGAGACACAGGUGAAGGCCCUAAAGAACACUUCGACAUUGGUGCGCUGCUACAAGGGCACCACCGAGGAUGUGUGCCUGGCCACGCUCACCGAAGUGGCAGGCGAUGACGAGGAUCGUUCCGAUGUGCAGUCCACAUCUACCACCACAACGUGGGAUAGUGCCAGCUUGAAUGAAGAGGAGGAUCUGAUGUCGCCGGGAGAUAAAUAUGAAAUACAUUUGAAAUGGACUGGACAGCCGACCUCUCGAUCGAUGGCAGAUCUGGCCGAUUCAGUGGCCGAUGGCUCUGAGCAGGAUGCCGCGAUACUCAAUUACUAUCGCCAUCAGUUAAAUCUGUUCUCCAAUAUGUGCCUAAACCGUCAGUACUUGGCUCUGAAUGAACUCUCGCCACUCCUGGACAUUGAUUUGAUUCUCAAAUGCAUGUCGGAUGAAACGAUGCCCUACGAGCUGCGUGCCUCCUUCUGUCGUCUGAUGCUGCAUUUGCAUGUGGAUCGUGAUCCACAGGAGCCUGUUACGCCUGUCAAAUAUGCACGUCUGUGGAGUGAAAUUCACACAAAGAUGUCCAUUAUGGACUACGAUGGCAAGAACCAGCAACCGGAUCAGAAUAAGCAGGCUUGCCGCGCCAAAUUCAACACCACAAUUGCCUUUGUGGAGAACUAUCUGUGCAAUGUGGCCACCAAAGUUUGGCUCUUUACCGAUCAAGAGCAAAAUAAACUCACAUUUGAGGUGGUAAAGCUAGCUAGAGAUUUGAUAUACUUUGGCUUCUACAGCUUCAGUGAUCUGUUGAGGCUAACCAAGACGUUGCUCUCCAUUCUGGACUGUGUGUCGGAUACCUCUACGGGUGGAGCCUUUGCCAGCACAGAUAUUGAUUCUGUCGAAGAGGAGACAAAAGCCGAUGCUGAAGGCGGUGUACUCCGUUCCAUUGGUGACAUAAAUACAGUGAUGACAUCGUUGGCGCUCGGUUCGGUGGGUCAGGCCAUUGCGGCCCCUUCUAUGGCCCUGCAGCAGCGCAAGAGUGUGUCCCAACUAAUGAAGGAGUACCCUUUGGUGAUGGACACCAAACUCAAGAUCAUAGAGAUACUCCAAUUCAUACUGGAUGUGCGCUUGGACUACAGAAUCAGCUGCUUGCUGUCCAUCUUCAAACGGGAGUUUGACGAAACCGAUGUGGCGGCUUCCGCCUCAAAUGUAGCAGAGUCUGGCACUCCACAGCCACAGCAGCAGCCCCAGCAACAGUCACAACCAUCACCUUUGAGCACACCCAAUGAUUCCAAUGAUCCCAACGAUCCCAUGGCCAACGCAGAAUCCAUGGCUGCUGCAGCAGAAGCGGCUGCGGCUGCCACAGCGAGACAGAAGAACAUCGACCUGGAGUCCAUAGGGGUGCAGGCGGAGGGGAUCUUUGACUGCGAGCGCAGUGAUGCUGCCAAUCUGGAUUUGGAUGGCCAGGGCGGACGCACAUUUCUGCGAGUGCUCCUCCAUCUGAUAAUGCACGACUAUGCGCCUUUGGUUUCGGGUGCACUGCAUCUGCUUUUCCGUCACUUUAGCCAACGCCAGGAAGUUCUACAGGCCUUUAGACAGGUGCAACUUCUCGUCUCGGACAGCGAUGUGGAGUCGUACAAGCAGAUCAAAUCUGAUCUGGAUAUACUGCGGCAGAGUGUGGAGAAGUCCGAGCUGUGGGUGUACAAGGCCAAGGCCACGGACGAGCUGGGGGGCACAGAUCCAGCUGGGGAUGCCGUCAAUGUGGAGUACAAUGCGGCUCUGUCCCAGGAGCAGCGCAACGAGUACCGCAAGGUCAAGGAGAUCCUAAUGCGAAUGAACAAAUUCUGCGUCACGGCCUCUGGGCAUGGCCUCGGAUCAUCGAUGGUGAAGCCGCGCAAGCAUGAGCAGCGACUCCUAAGGAAUGUGGGUGUGCACACGGUCGUACUGGAUCUGCUACAGAAUCCCUAUGACGAGAAGGACGAUGAACUGAUGAAGGAACUGAUGUGCUUGGCCCACGAAUUCCUGCAAAACUUUUGCCUGGGCAACCAGCAGAAUCAAGUUCUGCUCCACAAUCAUCUCGAUUUGUUCCUGAAUCCUGGAAUACUCGAGGCCAAGACAGUGUGUGCCAUCUUCAAGGAUAACCUGGCGCUGUGCAAUGAAGUGACAGAUAAGGUGGUGCAGCACUUUGUGCACUGCAUCGAAAUACAUGGCAGGCAUGUGGCCUAUUUGCAGUUCCUUCAGACCAUUGUCAAGGCGGAGAAUCAGUUCAUUCGAAAGUGCCAGGACAUGGUAAUGCAGGAGCUAAUCAAUUCCGGGGAGGAUGUGCUCGUGUUCUACAACGAUAAGACCUCGUUCCAGCACUUUGUGCAGAUGAUGCAGCAACAGCAGCUGUCCCGAAUGGAGAAGCUCAGCGAUGACAGUCCGCUGAAGUACCACGUGGAGCUGGUCAAGCUUCUCGCCUGCUGCACCAUGGGCAAGAACGUGUACACGGAGAUCAAGUGCAACAAUCUGAUCUCGCUGGAUGACAUCGUCACGAUCAUCUGCCAUCCGCUGUGCAUGCCCGAGGUGAAGGAGGCCUAUGUGGACUUCCUCAAUCACUGCUACGUCGACACGGAGGUGGAGAUGAAGGAAAUCUAUGCCUCGGGCCACAUGUGGAACCUCUUCGAAAAGAGCUUCCUGGUGGACAUCCAUCAGUUGAUCUCGAAUGCCGCCGCCAGUGCGAACAAGACGCUGCAGGCGUACGUUUUGAAUGGGGUAACCAAUCUGCUGGGCAGCUUCUUCUCCAGCCCCUUCUCAGACCAGAGCGCCAUCGUGCAGACGCGUCAGUUGAUCUUCGUGCAGCUCCUGCAGGCCGCCUACCGCCUCACCCAAUGCAAAUGGAUGUCGCUGGCGGACCGAUUCAAUGUCGAGAACUGCAUCCGCACGCUGGUCGAGUCGGCCAAGAUGCGCAGCAUUGCCCUGCCGCUGGAGUUGGAGCAGCAGGUAGCCAAUAUGUCCAGCAAGACGGCCAUGCUCACGCGCCAGACGACCAAGUGGCUGCUGGCCUCAAAGCAACCGAAAUACGAGACCCAACAGUCGGCCAGCCUGAUGCGGUGGGACCGCUCGAUCAUCGAGGGCCUGCAGGACAUUGUCUCGCUGCUGGAAGAUCAGCUGAAGCCCGUGGUGGAGGCGGAGCUCUCGCUGCUCGUGGACAUCCUCUACCGCUCGGAAUUGCUCUUCCCCGCUGGCACAGAGGCCCGCAAGCGCUGCGAGAGCGGGGGCUUCAUCCGCAAACUGAUCAAGCACACCGAGAAGCUGCUGGAGGAGAAGGAGGAGCGCAUGUGCGUUAAGGUGCUGCGCACACUCCGCGAAAUGAUGGCCAUCGAUGUGAACUACGGCGAGAAGGGGGAUGCCCUGCGUCAGACGCUCUUGCUGCGCUACUUCCAGUGCAAGAGCACACCCAGGCUGGAGGAGGACAUGUUGUUGCCCCUCCGCGCAGCCGUGCCGCCCAUGUCGGAGAUGGCCAAGCAGCACCAUCUCGUGACCCACGGACCGGGUGCCAAGUACCUGGCGAGGGCGGGCAAGACCCUACACGAGAUGCAGAACCAUCUGGAUCGCGAGGGUGCCUCCGAUCUGGUGGUGGAGCUGGUCAUCAAGUCGGUGCACUCGCCCAACAUAUUCGUGGAGGCCGUGGAGCUGGGCAUUGCGCUGCUGGAGGGUGGCAAUCCGAUCAUCCAGAAGGGCAUAUUCCAAAAGUUCCUCAGCGACGACCUCAACCAGGCCUUCUUCAAGGUAUUCUUCGAGAAGAUGAAGGAUGCCCAGCAGGAAAUCAAGUCCACGGUUACCGUGAACACCACGGACAUUGCCGCCAAAGCGCAUGAGCACAAGACAGACACGAAUCUGGAGUUGGAUAAGGUCUCCCGCAAGCAUGGCUUAAAGAGCAAUGGAGUGGUCAUCACCGAGGAACUGAAGCGAGAGCUUCACAAUGCCGGGCUGGCCACAGUGCGGGCGUAUGGCAAUGCACGGAUUAUCCACUCCGGUGAGGAGAGCUCCUCGAUCAGUGUGAACAGUCCGCUGGAGGAUAUACUGGCCGAGAAGCUCGAAAAGCACAAGGACAGCAAGGAGCAGCGCAAUCAGCUCUCCAACAAGGUGCUCGUCAUGCAGCCGAUCCUCCGCUUCCUGCAGCUCCUCUGCGAGAACCACAAUCCCGACAUGCAGAACCUGCUGCGUAAUCAGAACAACAAAACAAACAACAAUCUGGUGUCCGAGACGCUGAUGUUCCUCGACUGCAUCUGCGGCUCGACCACCGGCGGCCUGGGACUCCUGGGGCUCUACAUCAACGAGCACAAUGUGGCGCUGAUCAACCAGACGCUGGAAACACUCACCGAGUACUGCCAGGGGCCCUGCCAUGAGAACCAGAACUGCAUUGCCACCCACGAAUCGAAUGGGCUGGACAUUAUCACGGCUCUGAUUCUGAACAACAUCAAUCCGCUGGGCGAGAACCGCAUGGAUCUGGUACUGGAGCUAAAAAACAACGCCUCCAAGCUGCUGCUGGCCAUCAUGGAGAGCCGCGGCGACAGCGAGAAUGCGGAGCGCAUACUCUACAACAUGAAUCCCAAGCAGCUGGUGGAGGUGGCCUGCAAGGCCUACCACCAGGAGGAACUGAUCGAUGAGCAUGACGAAGCGGAUGAGCCGGAUGCGGCGACCGAUGACGACGAUGCUACUGUGAGUCCCCGCGAAGUGGGCCACAACAUUUACAUACUGUGUCAUCAGCUGGCGCAGCACAACAAGGAGCUGGCCGGGCUGCUCAAGGCCUCCGAGGAUCCACAAUCGGCCAGCUUUGAUGCCAAGACCAGCCAGGCUCUCAUGUACUAUGCCACGCACACGGCACAAAUUGAGAUUGUACGCAAUGAUCGCACCUUGGAGCAGAUUGUCUUUCCCAUACCAGAAAUCUGCGAAUACUUGACCACGGAUACGAAAAUCAAAAUUCUCAACACUGCCGAACGGGAUGAUCAGGGCUCAAAGGUGGCUGACUUCUUUGACAAAGCCGAGGAGAUGUUCAACGAGAUGAAAUGGCAAAAGAAGCUAAGAAGUCAACCCUUACUGUUUUGGAUCAGCAGCUACAUGUCGCUGUGGAGCAACAUACUCUUCAAUUGUGUGGUUGUCAUUAAUAUAAUUGUGGCCCUUUUCUAUCCCUUUGACAAAAGUAAUACUGUACCAGAACUGAGUCCGCACAUUUCGCUGCUAUUCUGGAUCAUAAUGCUACUGUCCUUGGUCUUUGUGAUAAUGCUGCCACGUGCAUCUGGCAUACGAACACUUAUAGCCUCCGCCAUAUUACGCUCAAACUUUUUACUGGGACCAGAGUCAACGCUCUGUUUGCUUGGAGUUGUCACGGUCACACUCAAGAGCGUUCACAUAGUCAGCAUAAUGGGCAACAAGGGAACAUUGGAGAAGAAAUUGAUCAAAAUAAUCACCGAUAUGCAGUUGCUUUAUCAUUGCAUUUAUAUUGCAUUCUGUUUCUGUGGUCUGAUUGUUCAUCCAUUCUUCUAUUCCUUGUUGCUCUUUGAUGUGGUCUAUCGCGAGGAGACGCUGGUCAAUGUCAUCCGUUCGGUGACACGCAAUGGACGCUCGAUAGUGCUGACUGCUGUGCUGGCUCUGAUUUUGGUCUACUUGUUCUCCAUCAUUGGCUACAUGUUCUUUAGAGAUGACUUCCUGGUCAGUGUGGACUUUGAGGAGCAGGAGAAUGCCGCCUCACCGCUGGCCAUGCCACCGGUGACGAUCUCAGUGCCGCCAGCGGUAGAAGAGUUUUGUGCGUCACCCGAUGCGCUGGGAAAUUGUGCAGGCAACAAUCCAGCAGCUAGCAGCGCCAGUGCUGGCGGAGAUGUAAAGGAACGUUCGUGUGACUCUCUGGUCAUGUGCAUUGUGACCACACUGAAUCAGGGACUGCGGAAUGGCGGCGGCAUUGGUGAUAUUCUCAGGGCGCCCUCUAGCAAGGAGGGUCUGUUUGUGGCUCGAGUAAUCUACGAUCUGCUGUUCUUCUUCAUUGUGAUCAUUAUCGUUUUGAAUCUAAUCUUUGGUGUGAUCAUCGACACCUUUGCCGAUCUACGAUCGGAGAAGCAACAAAAGGAGGCCAUACUGAAGACGACCUGCUUCGUGUGCUCCCUCAAUCGGUCGGCAUUCGACAACAAGACAGUCAGCUUCGAGGAGCACAUCAAGAGCGAGCACAACAUGUGGCACUAUCUGUACUUUAUUGUCCUGGUCAAGGUGAAGGACCCCACCGAAUUCACCGGUCCCGAAAGCUAUGUCUAUGCCAUGGUCAAGGCCGGCAUACUCGAAUGGUUUCCCCGCCUGCGGGCCAUGUCCCUGGCGGCUGUGGAUGCGGAUGGCGAGCAGAUUGAGCUGCGCAGCAUGCAGACCCAACUGCUGGAGACGCAACUGCUCAUCAAGAAUCUGUCCACGCAACUGCACGAGCUCAAGGACCAUAUGACCGAGCAGCGCAAACAGAAACAGCGCCUGGGUCUGCUCAACACAACGGCAAACAGCCUCCUGCCGUUUCAAUGAAGAUAAAUCCGAUUAGAAUAGAUAACGUAACCCUUCCUUCUUUGCACUUAAUUUUGGUAAACAUUCCCCAUGCACUCACGUAGAUAUGAGAACCUUAAAGAAACUCUCAUUCUCAGAGGGUACACUCCUGGAGUGAUACAAGAUUAUUUAUCUCGCGUAUCGAGUGUCCCCGAAUUACUUCUUCUGUAUUAGAUUCGAAUUCCAAGAGCAACAUAGAAACUUGCUCAAAUAACACUUCUCCCUCUAGAAAUAAUCUUCGCAAUCUUAUAUGCUAAAACCAACAACUAACUGAAUAACUGAAUAUAUAGUGAACUCACACUCAGAGAACUUAGGGCUGUUAACAUGUUAAUUAGUGGGCGUGUUAAGCAUUUUUUUCACAAUCUAGACAAGGUCUUUCCGCCUUACCUCUACCCUCCACCCUCUUAUACCCUUGUUGACUCUAAAAUACCUGAAUGCUAGAAUCUAGAGCUGUAGUUAACUUGAACAUGUUCGCCGAGCGACCUCAAAAAACAAUUUUCGGAAAAGUUUUACGCUGUUUUAAGUUACUUUAGUUAAUUGUUAAUAAAAUAUACGAAUAAUUUCUCAUAA